AUGAAUUACAACAUCUCUAAUACUGAAAAAAAUAUUCCAUGGUCUAAUCCGAAUAUUAUAUAUGAUGAAAGAGAAAUAGUAUUACACAGAGGUACUGAAAAAAUUCGAUGUCGAAUAAUUAAUUUAUCCAAUGGUAUAAAAUAUUGUGCCCCCAACAAUCUUGAUCGAUGUCAAGGAGUCACCUGCCCUUCUCAUCAUAUUUGUGCUUCCGUCAGACAAAGAGGUGUUUGUGUGCGUACUUCAUGUCAUCAUAUCACAAGUGGAGGCGCGAGUACCACCGCCACCACCAUUGCAUCUACUGCCAGUACCAUUGCAACUACAACCGCUACCACUUCAUCUUGUGCAAGUACCACUGCUUCUACUAUUGCUACCACUGCCAGUAUCAACUAA